GUCAAGAUAAAACAAGCUACUGGAUGGGGGCGACAGAUUUUAAAGAAGGAGAAUGGAGAUGGACCAAUGACCUAUCAAAAGUUCAAUAUUCAAAUUGGGAAUCUCGUCAACCUUCAGGAGGAGCAGGACAUGACUGUGCUCAUUUUUGGCAUUCAUCUGGUUACAAAUGGGACGAUACAUCUUGUAAAAGUAUAGGAUUCGGAUAUGUUUGUGAGAGAGCUCAUGGAUCAAACUGUCUUCCCUACUCGAAACAAUUCAAACGUAGGAAAUGAUAAAUUGGAAACUGUUCAUCAAAUAUGAAGUCUGAAAAUAAAAUAAAAAAAGAGUUAUAAAAUGUA